AUGCGCUUUGCGCUCUCGGCUCCUGGACUACGGGCUGCUGAAGCUGCAGUUUCUUCGUCCCCCGAGCUUCCCUCCAUUCAGGAUAUCCUGUCACAGAAGCCUCCGCGCCCGCCAUUAAAAAGUGGAAGCAAAUCCGCGCCGAUUCCGCAAAACGCGACGACGACGUUCACGAGCGCCGGCAGUCUCUGGAGGUCGCUGCAAGCGGAUGACUCGCCAAAGUCAAGUUCCAAUCCGAGAGUCGCCAAUCAAACAGCCUUGGAGGAGAUUGACACAUCGGUCUCCGUCAUCGAGAUACAAUCAAAGGACGCCCCCCAGAAGCGCAAGCCGCGCCGGCGGAAUCGAGCGGCCCCCAAGCGCGUCGAGGCACCGAUCGAAACAUCGACAGACUCCAAUUUGCACGCUGACAAUCAACCAUGGAAAAAGUACAAGUCACCGAGCAAGAACACCGCUGACGCGACCACCGAGUCGAAGCUUAAUGCCAGAGAUGGCCCGACACCAGAGUCCGUCCCCGACAACGACUCGGAACAAAUCCGCAGCUGCUACUUCAAGUCGCCGGAGCCACAAAAGUCAACAAAAGCGAGAGCGGUUAAAGAGGCGGAAAACGAACCACUCAAUCUUGAAGUCGCGAUGACCCGAAGGACAGACUGGACUCCACCCGCGAAAAGAAGGAACGGCGAGACAUCGGAGCCAUUCGAGAACUUGCUUGCAUCCUUCAAGUGCAGCCAAAAUUUGCAGCAAGAGACAGGCUCCAACUCAACAAGUGAAGACUCGAGCUUUCUGAGAAAGCGAAAGUUACUCGAACUCGUUCCGACGAGUUUAGUCGAUGGCCCGGGACCCGUGAAGCCGGAUCAGUCGCCGACGAGGCGAAAAGCGCCAAAGAAGAAGACCCGAACCAUCACAGAAAUCGCCACCGCCGCCUACAGGCCACAAACUCAACCUGACCAGGUCGCGGCACCGGUGAGCGAGCACCAAGGAUCAGGGGCGACGAAGCCCGCGGCGAUCGGUAAUGGAAAGUCUAAGCCGCGGAAGCGGCCGGCGAAGACGUCUAAGAAAAAACAGCCGCCGCCCAAGCCCAUUCUCUUGUCUCCGGGAGCAGCAUUGAACCAGGUGGCCCGGCAGGAUUUCGUCUUUGGCACUUCCAGUCAACUAGCACGUGAGCAGUCUCCCACCUUGUUGCGUGACCUCCAAGCAGUCAUGAGGGCCUCCAAUCAGCUGGACUUGGUUGAAUUCACGACACCGCUCAACAGUGAUGCUUUGGAGCCCCCGGAGAAGCGACAGACGCUUUGGGAUGCAGGAGCGAGAGACGCAGAUGGGGAUUUGUUUGAUGUCGAGGUUCGCAACUUUGCGGACGGAUCCGGACUUCCAGAACCUGCCACGGAGGCCGAUCCCUUUGGCUAUGUGCGAUGCGACAGAGACGAUGUUAUCUCCCUGCCGGAAUUGCUCGCUGUUGACGAAGCCCGAGAUGAUGACUCAUUUGUCAAUCUGUCAGACAUUCUAAUGCCGCCCGGGCAGAGCAAGCCUCUAGAGAUCAUUGACGUUAGUUCCAACCUGUCAGGAAGCGAGCUGCCCGCGUGCAUCGAAAGUCCGCCGCAGACUGGGUCGCUCGCCGAAAAUCAACACAGAAUGACGAAUGGACGAGAAGAGGACGAUGGAAGGCAAUAUAAGGAUGCCUCGGAAUGUCAGCCAACUUCUGGCAUGCCACCCCCAGAGCCGUCUUUCGAGCGCUACUCGGACGCACAAUUGGCCAAGCAGGUUGCGCAAUACGGCUUCAAACCAAUCAAGAAGCGAACGGCCAUGGUUGCUCUCCUCACCCGGUGCAGGCAAGAGAGCGCUCGGCCGGGGCACGGUGUAGUUGGAUCAACAUUCGCCACAGCCAAGGAGAAACGACCUCGGGGUCGUCCGAGAAAACCCUCGGAAUCACCCCGAAGACCGCGGGGCAGGCCCAGGAAAGACGCCGGCUCGCCCUCACCACGGAUCGCAGCCCCGACGUCUGCCAAGGAAGCCUUCAAGGACAGGAGCCCGGCUCCAGCCACCCCGAAGCGCAAAGAAAAGGCGCCCAGAAGGGUCAUUGAGAUUCCUGACUCGCAGUCCGAUGCUGAGGGGGAUUCAUCGGCGUCGCCUUGCUCGUCUCCCGAGCCGACCUUUUCGCCGGCGCAGCCGGUAGACCUGAGCCUAACCGUCGACGAGGACACAGAGCUCUCUCUGGCGACGUCCCCUACCAACCAGCAGACGUGCCUGUUCACGUACAUCACCAAGGCAGUGACGACGGCGCCAAGGACGACGGACCCGGCGCAACCGUCGUGGCACGAGAAGAUGCUCAUGUACGACGCAAUUGUGUUGGAGGACUUGACAACGUGGCUUAACUGCGGGCAGCUCACGCGGGUUGGCUGCGACGGGGAGGCGAGCGUGGGCGAGGUCAAGAAGUGGUGCGAGUCCAAGAGCAUAUUGUGUCUAUGGGAAAAGAACUUACGUGGCAAGGAGAGGAAGCGUUAUUGA